GCCCAGCACGACGGCGGCAAGCUGGAGGCCCGAUUCGGCCUUCACGAGGGCGAGCACGGCCGGAGUAGCAUUGCGGGGGUGGGCCUAUGGACCUGCGUCGUCGCCGCGGUGCUGAUAACCCUGGCGCACGUGCUGCUGUGUUACGGUUUGAUCUGGUGCCGCGACUCGGGCACCGGGGACGGCUCGCAGCCGAAGAAGGCGGAGGCAAACACCGGGAGGCCUGUGUCCUACCUCUGCAGACCAGCCCCGCGCUCUAUGGCGGAUUCCGCCAGCAAUCUGGCCAGCAACAGCCACCUGUCCGUCAGCGUCCUUGGCCAGGACGAGGCGACGCCCAGGGGGCAGAGCCGUGCCGGGAGCAUCGCCGGGCACGGCCUGAUACCGCCGCUCUGCCCGCAGCUCAUGGUGCCGGACAGGUCGAAGCUCCAGUGCGUGCUGCAGGACAAGGUACACUUCAAAAGGCAGAACAUCUGCGUGAACGUCUGCAGCAUCGCGGCGCGCGGCGGGACCGGGACUCCCCUCUUCCAGGCGCGGAUCAACGAGGUCGACGUCGUUGGGCUGUCGGGAGCAGGUAUCUACCUCGAGACGCUGCGCGGCGAGGAGAAGUUCGCCUUCCUAUCCACGCAGGAGGUGUGGAAUUGCCCCGAGAAGCGCCAGCCAUCGAUGGACAUCAUGAGGGAGCUCCGGGGACAAGUACGCGAGCAUGGCGAAGAACGACGCCGGGGCGUACACCGUCUCGACGGAGGUAGCCCGUUCAUUACCUUCAGCGGCAACUUCUCGAAGCACGACGUACGCGUGACCGACGGCAACGGCCAGACUCUAGCUGAGGUGAACCCUGGGAGCACCGAUGGCACCUACGAGGUUGUAGUGUUCCCGAACGUGGACGCAGGACUGAUCAUCCUCGGACUGCUGGCAAUUAAUAAGACAGAACUGGUUGCUGCUAGCCGGCCACCAUCUGCACGCUAG